AUGGCCGGCGCGUUGCUAUGGAGCCCCGCCCCGCCCCUCUCGGCGCGUCCCAACAUGGCGGCGGCGGGCGGGGGUCGGCGGCCGCUGCUCCCGCUCCCGGUGCCGCUCCCGGUGCCGCUCCCGGCGCUUCUCCUGCUGCUCCUGCCGGCCGCCGCCACGGCGCGGCUCUACCGGCCCGGGCACGACCCGCUGACCGUGCUGACGGCCGGCUCCGUGCGGCCGGCGCUGCUCAACUCCUCGACCGCCUGGGUGGUGCAGUUCUACAGCUCGUCCUGCGGUCACUGCAUCGCCUUCGCGCCCAGCUGGCGAGCGCUGGCGGGGGACGUCAAAGACUGGGAAUCUGCAAUUAGAGUUGGAGUGCUGGACUGUGGGGAAGAAGGGAACUAUGAGACGUGCAAAGAAUAUGGGAUUCACUAUUACCCAACUAUUAGGUACUUCAAAGCAUUUACAAAGCAGUUCACAACUGGAGAAAAUUACCAAGCAGGAGCAGAUCGAGAGCUGCAAACCCUUCGUCAGAUGAUGAUUGACUUCCUGCAGAACCAUUCCCAGGAGGUGACACCUCCAGCCUGCCCACCACUGCAUCCAGUGUUGUCCAGUGAGCUCACAUCUCUUUUUGACAAAAACAGCCACCACUACACAGCCAUUGUGUUUGAGAGCAACAGCUCCUACGUGGGCAGAGAGGUUAUCUUAGACUUGAUCCAGUAUGAAAACAUCGUGGUGAGGAGAGCAUUGAAUUUUGAUAAACCUUUCCUGGAGAAACUGGGGGUCACCUCAGUCCCCUCGUGCUACCUGAUACAGCCCAAUGGCAGCCAUGGAUUAAUUAACAAUUUGAAGCCUCUACGGUCUUUCUUUUCUUCAUAUUUAAAAUCACUGCCAGGUGUAAGGAAAAAACUCUUUUUGCCACUGCAGCUGCCUGCUCCAGAAAACAAAGAGGAGAGCACAGAAAUCAAGGUGUGGAAAGAGUUUGAUAAGUCCAGGCUCUACAUGGCUGACCUUGAGUCAGGAUUGCAUUUCCUGCUCCGGGUGGAGCUGGCCACGCACAAGGCACUCGAGGGAGCUGAGCUCAAAACCUUCAAGGACUUUGUCACCAUCUCUGCCAAGCUUUUUCCUGGUCGUCAGCCUGUGGUGAAGUUGUUAGAGACCUUGCAGGAGUGGCUGGUGAGCCUUCCAUUAGACAAAAUCCCUUAUGAUGCUAUCCUGGAUCUGGUCAACAAUAAAAUGCGGAUUUCUGGGAUAUUUCUCCCCAAGAAAGUCCAGUGGGUUGGCUGCCAGGGCAGCAGACCAGAACUGAGGGGUUACAGCUGCUCCCUCUGGAAGCUCUUCCAUACCCUCACUGUUCAGGCUGCACUGAGACCAAAAGCUUUGAUAAACACAGGUCUUGAGGACACCCCCCAAAUUGUGCUGCAGGUCAUGAGGAAAUACAUUCAGCACUUCUUUGGGUGCAAGGCUUGUGCUCAGCACUUUGAGGAGAUGGCCAGAGAAUCCAUGGAUUCGGUGAAAAGCUUGGACCAGGCUGUUCUGUGGCUCUGGGAGAAGCACAACGUGGUGAACAACAGGCUGGCAGGUGAUUUGACAGAAGAUCCAAAAUUCCCCAAAGUUCAGUGGCCGACUCCAGACAUUUGUCCUGCGUGUCAUGAAGAAAUCAAAGGGCUGCACAGCUGGAAUGAAGACCAAAUCCUACAAUUCCUGAAGUCCCACUACAGCAGUGAAAAUAUUCUCUAUAAAUACACCGAGAGCCAGAGCGACCCCAGUGACAAUGAACAGGGGGACACAAGGGAGGUGAAAGACAAAAACCUGCAGAAGAACUCGGGGGGAAAUGGAGAAAAUAAGCUCCAGGAUAAGGAAAACUCAGUAAAUGCAGGCUCCAAGGUGUUGGAGAAACCAAUGGAAAAUCCUGGAGCUGUCCAAGGUAGCGGCAAAGGCUCAGCUGCAUCCCUGAACCUCAAAGGCACCAGGCAGGCUGUGUCCUUCCUAGGGAUUGGAUUUUCCAACCUAGACAUGAGUCUGUGUGUCAUCCUCUACGUGGCAUCCUCCUUGUUUUUAAUGAUCAUGUACUUUUUUUUCCGGAUGAGAUCCAAGCGCUGGAAAGUGAAGUAUUACCGUUCCUCGGUGUAG